CCCGUCUGGCGGAGGUGACGUAAGACGCUAGCGCGCGGAGGCGGAAAUGACGAACGUUGUUUGCGCGGCGGUUGGGGCGAAGAUGGAGGAGGAUCAAAAGGAGAACUUUCCGCGGGCUCCCGACAGCGGCCCUGGCCCGGGCCCGGCGCAGCCGAAGCAGCGCUGCAGACUUGAUGGUCAAGAAUAUCCAAUAAAAGCUACUCCUACAACCUACAUAAAAGACUUCAGUGACCCAGUCUAUAAAGAAAUUGCUGUCACAAAUGGUCACAUCAACAGAAUGACUCGUGAUGAGCUCCGCACAAAGCUAGCAGAGCUCCAUUUAGAAACCAGGGGAGUGAAGGAUGUGCUGAGAAAACGGUUAAAAAACUUCUACAAGAAGCAGAAACUGACUCAGACUUUGCAAAUCAAAUCAGAGUGUUCAGAUAUGUACUACGAUUACAUCUGCGUUAUUGAUUUUGAAGCAACUUGUGAAGAGAACAAUCCACCAGAAUACCUGCAUGAAAUUAUUGAGUUUCCCAUUGCUCUCAUGAAUACUCGCACGCUUGAAAUUGAGGAUACAUUCCAGGAGUAUGUUAAACCAGAACAGAAACCCACCCUUACAGAAUUCUGCACCAAACUCACGGGCAUCACACAGGAUAUGGUGGACAAGGCAGGGAGUUUCCCAGAUGUUCUUCAACGAGUAGUUGAUUGGAUGAGAGAGAGAGAACUAGGAACCAAGUGCAGAUAUGCAAUAUUAACUGAUGGGUCCUGGGAUAUGAGCAAGUUCCUGAAUGUUCAGUGCCACCUCAGCAGAAUCGAAUAUCCACGGUUUGCAAAGAAAUGGAUUAACAUCCGAAAAAGUUAUGGCAACUUUUACAAGGUUCCUCGGACUCGGACCAAACUUGCCUCCAUGCUGGAAAAUCUCGGAAUGGUGUAUGAAGGUCGGCCUCACUGUGGAUUGGACGAUUCUCGAAAUAUUGCUCGGAUUGCUAUCCGAAUGCUCCAGGAUGGUUGUGAACUACGUGUCAAUGAGUGCCUGCAUGCAGGGCAACUGGUAAAUGUCCCCAAUACCUCCCCAUUGGAGAGUGCUCCUCCUCCUUACUCCCCGUGGCAGAAAGUUUAGGUACCGGAAUACUGGAAUGGAGAAUCCAGUGUGCCCAAGUAGGUUUGAAGGAGGAGUGAAGGAGCACAACAUUCAGACUAUUUGUUGGCAGUUGUAAUGGACUAUUUUUUGUAAAUUGCCUUGUUCAGAAGCACCACCUGGAUUUUGUGCUUUAUUUUUUAAAUUCUAUGUCACAGGGUUGUCUAUUACCUUUCUGCGCGUGCUGUAAUGCUUAUGAUAUAGUGUGAAAUGCUGCAAGUCGGGAAAAUGGGAAUUGACCAAAUUUCACUUAAUUGGGUUGAACUAUACAUCCGAAGUCCGUCAAUAAAGCAUUGUUUUGUAUUA